ACACUCUCAACUACAAACCAAAUUCAAUCUUCUCCUCUGGUAAGUUGUAAGCACUUUUCCUUUUGAGAGAUUAGUUAAGCAAGAUGGGAGCAAACAUGUCUGAGUUGGAGAACCCACAUGGAUUCAGCCCUGUAAAAACCAACCAGCUUAUGGAGUGCCAUUCAAAGAACCAAUGGAAGGCUCAGUUUGAUGCCAACAAGGAAACCAACAAGCUGGCGGUGGUUUAUUUUACGGCAACCUGGUGUGGACCUUGUAAAUUCUUGGAGCCGUAUAUCAAAGAAAUAGCAGCCAAGUAUUUAGACGUUUCCUUUGUCAAGAUUGAUGUCGACAAGUUAGCGGCAGUGGUAAAGGAAUUUGAGCUGAUUGAUGUGGUGCCAACCAUGGUUUUUGUUAAGAAGGGGAAAGAAAUUGAUAGGUUGGUGGGUGCCAAAAAGGAAGAACUACAGAUGAAAAUUGAGCAACACAGGAAUUAUUAAUCAAAAUGCUGCUGCCUUUAAUUAAUUAAGGCAAGUAAACUCAUUGCAAUUUCCUAUAUAUAAUAAAACUACGUAUAUACACAUUUUGUAUACAAGUAAAUACACAUAUAGAUAUGUCAUUAUACGAAUAGGUGAUUUCAAAUUAAUAAUAAAAUAAUAUAUCAUAUCACAUAAUGACACAUCUAUGUAUGUACUUAUUUAUAUAUAAAAAAUAUGUACGUAUACCAUUGCUCCUUACUAAAUAAGAUUAUCAUUUCUUUAAUUUCCAUAUUAUUGUAACUGUAGCUUGUUGAAGCUAUUAUUGUAAGGAUUAAGGAUAAUUAAUAUAUAACAGUUUCAUUAGUUA